AUGGCACCCAACAUUCGCAAGUCACAUCCCUUACUAAAAAUAAUCAAUAACUCACUAAUCGACCUUCCCACUCCCCCAAACAUCUCCGCCUGAUGAAACUUCGGCUCCCUACUAGCAAUAUGCCUCAUCACCCAAAUCCUCACCGGCCUUCUACUAGCCAUACACUACACCGCAGACACCUCCCUAGCCUUCUCUUCCGUAGCCCACACAUGUCGAAACGUACAGUACGGCUGACUCAUUCGCAAUCUCCAUGCAAACGGCGCAUCAUUCUUCUUCAUCUGCAUCUUCCUCCACAUCGGACGAGGCCUAUAUUACGGCUCCUACCUUUACAAAGAAACCUGAAACACAGGAGUAAUCCUGCUUCUCACACUAAUAGCCACUGCUUUCGUAGGAUACGUCUUACCAUGAGGCCAAAUAUCCUUCUGAGGUGCUACCGUCAUCACAAACCUAUUCUCAGCUGUACCCUACAUCGGCCAAACCCUAGUAGAAUGAGCCUGAGGAGGCUUUUCAGUUGACAAUCCUACCCUAACCCGAUUCUUCGCCCUCCACUUCCUCCUCCCAUUCUUAAUCGCAGGAAUCACUAUCAUCCACCUCACAUUCCUACACGAAUCAGGCUCAAAUAACCCAUUAGGAAUCUCAUCUGACUCUGAUAAAAUCCCAUUCCACCCAUACUACUCUAUCAAAGAUAUCCUAGGACUAACACUGAUACUUACCCCAUUCCUCACCCUAGCCCUAUUUUCCCCAAACUUUUUAGGUGACCCAGAAAACUUUACUCCAGCCAACCCCCUAGUAACCCCUCCACACAUUAAACCCGAAUGGUACUUCCUAUUUGCUUACGCCAUCCUACGCUCAAUUUCAAAUAAGCUAGGAGGCGUACUUGCCCUUGCAGCCUCAGUACUUAUCCUCCUUCUAAUCCCCUUCCUCCCCAAAUCUAAACAACGAACCAUAACAUUCCGCCCACUUUCCCAAACCCUAUUCUGACUUCUAGUAGCAAACCUACUAAUCCUAACCUGAAUCGGAAGCCAACCAGUAGAACACCCAUUCAUCAUCAUCGGCCAAAUAGCAUCCCUCUCCUACUUCACUAUCCUACUCAUCCUCUUCCCCAUAAUUGGAAUACUAGAAAACAAAAUACUAAAUCACUAA